UUCAGCUAUCGCCCUUUAAUUGACGAUAUCCUCUGGGACAAGAGUUCCAUCGAUCUCCAUGUCUUAACCUUCUGUAGAAGGUGAAGGUGAGCAAAGGAAAUAAAUCUAUCUGGUGACCCGUUCAAGAACCAUGUUGACUUCUUUCAUUGCCUGUCGGACUGAAAGCCGGGUGAGACGCCAUCUACUCCAACGGAGGCAGAUGUAAUCAGGCAGGUGCCAAACUACCAAGUCAUCAGCUAAACCUCUACCGCUGCAGGCCACACAGAUUUAACAAUGGCAUCAAUGUGGAGUCUUCUCCUGCCUCUACACCUCCUGGGACUGACAGCACCUCUUGGGAGCUCGGCACUGACUCGUGAAAAUUUCUUUGAUCGCAUCGACCUGUGCAGCGGAACUCUUCCUGGCACCUCUUCUUUUCCCGACGUCAGCAAGGUUAGCUGUGCCAUGAAGUGCAGCGAAAGCGAGGCCUGCACAGCCUUCACCUUCAUCGACAGCAGUGGCACGUGCAGCCUGCACUAUGAACUCGACUUGACCUCUCACCUGUGUGCAGCAUCUUCCACCACGUCGUUGCAUUUUCAGAAGAAAUCUAUAGACGUCGUGUGUCAAAACGGAGCUCAUACAGGCGGCUCAACGUGCAAGUGUGUCAACGGUUACAUCGGUAGCCAGUGUGAGCAGCUCACGUCAGACUGCAAAGAAAUAAUUUCCUCUGGAUACUAUGAUGACGCCUUGCCAGGUAUAUUCAUCAUCCAGCCAUCCCAGGCCACUAUCCCAAUUCGGGUCUUUUGCAGCCCUGAUGUGGAGCACAUAAUUCUUCUACGUUUCUUUAACGUCCCGAGCUUCAACCGCAGCAUGGCGGACUACGUGGCUGGCUUCGGAGAUGACCACAGUGACUAUUGGGUUGGCCUGGAAAAUCUGCACCUGUUGACCUCCAGCACCUCAUAUACCCUGGGUGUACAGGUGUCAUUUCCUGCCCAAUACCAGCGCUACUACUCAAACUUCGAGGUCAAAGGUGCUGGAGACGGGUAUUCCAUGACCUUUACCAGUCAUUACGACCCUCCUACCUCUUCAGUGUUACCAAUGGGUGAUUGCCUGUCCCCACUGCAGAAUCAUCCCUUCUCUACUUACGACGCCGACAACGACGGCAACGCCACCUACAACUGCGCAGAAACUACGGUGGAGGGUGGUGGUACAACCACCAGUGUAGCGACUGCAACCUCGUGGGCAGAGUUUCCGAAUCUACGACUCGCGUGCCGGGCAGUGUGGACGAACUCUUCUGGAACUGUGGGCUGGAUCUUUCCCUGGCGCCAGUCAAUGUCUUCAUGUUUCUGUUCAGAUUGUGAAGAUAAACUAAACACAGAGGAGAAGCAUUACAGUAUUUUCAACGACUGACGAAAAUGUGAAGAAAGUCACAGAAUAGUCUGUAGAAGCUGCGGAGCUACCAUGAAGGGACGCGUGAAAAGUUCGACACAUUUAUUCAGAUGACUAAAACCUAAACUCUCCCUAGUCCUGAGAUCGUAACACAGCACGAAAAACCACUCAAGCGUGUCGUCCACUUGGGAAAAAAAUACUAUUUUCGGCGGUUCAGUUGCUAAAGCAGAAUAUAGAGAUAUAAACACUGUUCAGAUUACUGAGUCACAAAAAGUAGUCUUGUACAUCAACUCGUGAAUGCAUCUGUAAGGCAUAGUGCGAUACCUUAUUAGCUUUCUGCAAUAAAAGAGUUUACAGCUGUGAAACAUUUAUUUGU